CUCACCGGGGCUGGUUUGUGCUUCGCGUCGUACUCAAUUUUAUUUGUCGUUCUUCUUCCUUAUCAAUUCGAUUCCCAUUUAUUUUUUCUUCUUAUCUUCUCUCCGAUUGGAAUCGUCAAGAAAUAAGUAUUGCGCGAGUGUCCGUGUAUAUGUAUGUGCCCCAAAAAAAAUUCGCGAUCGUAUAUCACGCGCAUCGCGUGUAGUUUUUAUAAUUCAAGGAUUACAAGAGUUUCGUAGUACGAAUUAAACACUGGAUACAAUCCUGCAAGAUCCCAGGUACCCAUGGCGAGUUAUCGAUCAAUCGUGAUGAUAAAAGCCUAAUGGUGGUGUGUGCAUUCCUGUUAUACUCGUGUGUCAUGAUUACGUUUUCGUGUGACGCCCAAUGCUGCUUUAUGACUCGUGGAUUUUAAGUCGAUCCUGUGCUCCCAGCUUUUACAGCGAGUGCUCGUGUUUUCAUUUUUCGAAUCCGUCAUUUCAUAAUGCUGCCGCAGACUCCGGACAUUAUUCCCACGUCGUUGAGUCAGCAUAAAUGUGUCAAGGCUCGUGCCCUUUAUGACAACAUUGCUGAGGCACCGGACGAAUUGGCGUUCCGGAAAGGAGAUAUUUUAACGGUUCUCGAGCAGAAUACCUCGGGACUCGAAGGAUGGUGGCUUUGCGCUUUGAGAGGUCGACAGGGAAUUUGUCCAGGAAAUCGACUGAGACUGUUGGUAGGCCAGUACGACAACGGCUCGUGUUUGGGUGGAAGCAAAGCUGAUUUAAACGUUUCUGAAGAUGCUCCUCCGAGACAUGGAAAGCGCAGAAGCUGGCACGUCCAACCGAACAGGGUGGUGACUCCGCAAAAAUGCGGCGACGUGUACCUCUACGAUCUUCCAGCAAGUCGGGGAAGUCCGGCCCCGCCGUCGAGACGCGACUCGCCACUUAACUCGACCACAAACACCGAUCAUUUACACGCAGUUUCAGGUCGCUUGGCUCCAGGACCACAAAAUUCCGUCGACAGCGGUGGAGGUGGCGAUGUAAGCGAUUGUUACGACGUACCGCCUAGAGCCACACCCGUUAUCCCCUCGCCAGCGAGCAGUCCGAGCCCGGCACCAUCUUGCUACGACAUUCCCAGGCCACCGACCUCUUGUACGCCUAAUUCCAAUUGUUCGGGUGGUUCUGGAAUUACCCCUUUGGAUUGCUACGACGUGCCGCGGCCGCAUCAACCCCUCACGCCCAGUAGCUCCGCUUCCAGCCUCACUAACGACGGCUCCCUCAGCGGUUCCAAUCGGUCGAGUAUCACGGCUCCGGACUACGACGUUCCAAGGCCACGUUUGCCGUCGUCUUCAUUUCCGUCUCGAUACAAUACUCCGAUGUUGAAAACACCGACGACGCCUCCGCCUUCUCAACAACAGCAUGUAAACCGGGAGCAUCGUGAAGUUCAGCACAACAAUCAGAAUCACCAGAGUCCACAAACACAACAAAUUUACGACGUUCCGGUGAGCAAGGAGCUCCCACUCGAGCUCGAGUCCGCUCUCGAGGGACUUCAAAGACUUCAGGGUGAGGCAUCCUCCGCCAUCUCGAGGUUACUCGGAUUCGUCAGUCCGGGCUGGCGAACACCCCAAAAAUUGGACACGAGCCUGAUGGAUCUUCGAUUAGCGGCGUUGAGGCUUCGAACUUCGUUGCACGAUCUCGUCGAGUUUGCUGAGGGAACUCUCGGCAACGCCGGCAAAGCUCCGGACAAAGGGCUUGCCAGCAAAUUCAGGCCCCUCGUUAAAGCCCUCCGAGACUCCGACAAACUUGUUCAGGAAGCCGCCAGUGAAUUGGACAAGAUUGAAUGGGACGCGACGAAAUUAAGCCGCGGCGGCGAAUGCGAUACCCCAACACCUACCAAUGGCACACCGCCACUCAUCAUGAAUCUACUUCCUGAUCCUCUCGAUCAAUUAAUCGCAUGUGCCAGAGCCCUUACCGAGGAUGUUCGACAAAUUGCUAGUUUUAUUCAGGGAAAUUCGACGCUCCUGUUCAAGAGAUCAUCUGUAAUUUCGAACACCGAUAGCACCGGUAACAGUGGAAAUAUGGAUGAUUACGAUUACGUUAAUUUGGAUUCGCGAGAAGUCGUGGCCAAACAGCGGGAAGAGCUGAGAGCUUCUUUGCCUCAGGAGCUUCGGAGCAGUUAUGAUUUACUGGUGAACGAGGCUGAUAACGCGACGAUUCAGAUGCCACCAUCGACCCCAACGCCAAUGGAUCCAAAUGACAAACAAUUGUUAGCUUUUUAUGCCGCCCAAGUGAUAACUCACGGAGCUCAUUUGACUCAUGCGAUUGACGCGUUUCUCCAGACGGUCGAGCACAACCAACCGCCGAAGGUAUUUCUAGCUCACGGAAAAUUUGUCGUUCUGAGCGCCCAUAGGUUGGUACACAUAGGGGACACAGUCCAUAGAAACGUGAAUCGAAACGACGUGAGAACGAGAAUUCUACAGUGCGCGAAUUCUCUCAACGAAGCACUCGCCCAGACUGUUUCGAAGACGAAACAAGCUGCCCAAUUCUUCCCAAGUGUCACGGCUGUUCAAGAAAUGGUUGACAGUGUCGUAGACGUCUCACAUCUCGCCAAAGACCUUAAGGUUGCGAUGAUACAAGCAGCUCAGCAGCCUUGAAUCUUGAGAGAAUAAAAAACAAUUUUAGAUUGACACGAGUCGGAAAAAAACAUUGAGAUUGGAAGGUUGGUGCGAUGAUUCCGUGAGAAAUUCCGCAUUGACUGCCAUCAUUAAAAUUUCACUUAAGAUCGAAAUUAGUAGAUGAAUUCAAGACCGAAAAUGUUAGCAGUAGCAAUGGACACAUAAGGAAAUGAUGUCGGUGUCGAAAAAAUAUUUAUCCUGUAUUCAUUCGUGCUGUUAUAUUUUCUCUCGUCUAUUUUCAAGUGAUAUUUCAUGCAGAAGGCGGAAGGCAGCAUUCAAAGUUCGUAGCACGGAUGGAAGAAUCCAUUUAUGGCCACUUGCCUGCCCUUCUGAACCGUUUGGUUCUGCUAUGAAUUACCGAUUUUCAGAUCGGGUACUACUAUUGCCAAAGCACAGACGUAUGAAACAGAAGCCCUUACUCAGUCUCGAGAUAAAAGAUGAAAAGAACAAGUGCGCGCGACUACUGCUCCACAUAAACAGAAAAAUACUACAAUGGCCUUUCGAUGAAACGCUUGAAAGAUGGAGUGGAGCUAAACUCGUACCUCGAAACAAAAAAUCUGUAACAGGACGUCUGUUAGAAUUGUUAAAUUAGCGUAUAAAACAAGAUCGAACCAAAAUGUACUUAAAACAUAACGAAACGAACAUACAAAUAAGAUGUAAGGAAUGCGACGAUUGCAAUUAAUUAUCCGAUCAACGAUUCAAAUUUUGACUAAAACGAAUUUUGUACGAAGCUUUUUCAACCGUUCAUCUGCAUCUUUACACCUGAUGAUGCGGUUUCUUUAUACUAUUUAAUGAAACUUCCAGCGAAACAGCAUUCGCGAAACUUUUCUCGUAUAUUUGUUGGCAGUACAAGCGAUUGAUGCCUGAAGGCCGAUCUUGAACCUUUCCAGAAAGGUAGUUAUGGUCGUCGCUCUAUGAUCGCAUCGUUUGCAACAAUGUCGUAAAACACCGAAAAAAAAAACAUGAAAAUAUGUUGAAAAUCAUUAAUAUCAGAAUUCCCUCGAGCGUUUUGAAAAAAAAAAAAAUA